GUACCGUUACUUCGGCUCUGGACCAGGACUUGGCUUUCUUUCUUUCGCAAGAGCUUCAUUACUCCGGCGAAAGCCUCUACCCUGGAAGGCGGUGCCAAGGCCUGCCCCGCCCCUCAAGGAAAAGCGCUCCCUCUUUCAACAUGGCGCCGGGAGGGCCUCAGACCUGACUCGGUGCUGAUUGGUUGAGGGUCAGAGGACUUCCGGGAGUUUCUAAGCCUACAGUAGAACAGCUGAGCGGACUUUGCACGUGGAUCGUCAACAGUGUGGGCUUGAUGGAGACAGCCCCCAAGCCGGGCGGGGGUGUUCCGCCCAAAAAGAACGAAAUUCAGGCCAAGAAGAAGAAACCGCGGCGGUACUGGGAGGGAGAAGAUGCUGCUCCGACCGCUGCCGGAGCCUCCCCAGGGCUCCCUCGUAGCAAGAAGAGGAAGCGGGAGCUCCGGCCUCAGAAGCCAAAGAAGACUCAUAUUCCAAAGAAGUCUCGAAUCUCCAAGAAGCCUCAGGUCCUGAAGAAGCCCCGAGGACAAAGGAAUGCGGAGCCUCAGGGGAGCUUGUCUGGGGCCCAGGACCCAUUCCCAGGCCCUUCUCCCGUCCCUGUUGUGGCGGCCCAGAAGUUCCGUCGCAUUGACAGAUCCAAAAAGCUACUACAUUCUAAGUCCAAAACCCGAAGCAGACUUGAGGUGGCUGAGGCUGAGGAAGAGGAAACAAGUGUCAGAGCUGCUCGUUGUGAGCUGCUGCUUGCUGAGGAACCUGGGUUUCUGGAAGGGGAGGAUGGAGAGGACACAGCAAAGAUACGUCAGACCGAUAUCCUGGAGGCUGUGGACAUUGCAAGUGCAGCCAAGCACUUUGACUUGAAUCUGCGGCAGUUUGGACCCUAUAAGCUGAAUUACUCUCGAACUGGGAGACACUUGGCUUUCGGAGGGCGUCGGGGUCAUGUAGCAGCCCUUGACUGGGUGACAAAGAAGCUCAUGUGUGAGAUCAACGUUAUGGAGGCUGUGCAGGACAUACGGUUUUUGCACUCGGAGGCACUGCUUGCUGUUGCUCAGAACCGCUGGCUUCACAUCUAUGACAGCCAGGGCAUCGAGCUCCACUGUAUCCGCCGCUGUGACCGUGUCACACGACUGGAGUUCCUGCCCUUCCACUUCCUCCUGGUCACAGCUUCAGAGACAGGAUUUCUGACCUACCUGGAUGUGUCAGUGGGGAAGAUAGUGACAGCUCUGAAUGCCCGGGCUGGACGGCUUGAUGUCAUGACUCAGAACCCUUACAAUGCCAUCAUCCAUCUCGGACACAGCAAUGGUACUGUGUCCUUAUGGAGUCCAGCUGUGAAGGAGCCACUGGCUAAGAUUCUGUGUCAUCGUGGUGGGGUCCGGGCUGUGGCAGUAGAUUCUACAGGCAUGUACAUGGCCACCUCUGGCCUGGACCACCAGCUGAAGAUCUUUGACUUGCGAGGGACGUUCCAGCCUCUGAGUGCUCGAACCCUGCCUCAGGGAGCAGGGCAUCUCGCGUUCUCCCAGCGGGGACUGCUGGUUGCAGGAAUGGGUGAUGUGGUCAACAUAUGGGCAGGGCAGGGCAAAGCCAGCCCACCCUCCCUGGAGCAGCCCUACCUCACCCACCGGCUCUCAGGCCACGUACAUGGCCUUCAGUUCUGCCCCUUUGAAGACGUGCUGGGGGUGGGGCACAGUGGGGGCAUCACCAGCAUGCUGGUCCCUGGGGCUGCUGAGCCCAACUUUGAUGGCCUGGAGAGUAAUCCAUACAGGAGCCGGAAGCAGCGCCAGGAGUGGGAGGUGAAGGCCCUGCUGGAGAAGGUACCUGCAGAGCUCAUUUGUCUGGACCCACGGGCUCUGGCAGAGGUGGAUGUCAUCUCUUUGGAGCAGGAAAAGAAGGAGCGGAUAGAGAGGCUGGGCUAUGACCCCGAGGCCAAGACUCCCUUUCAGCCAAAGCCAAAGCAGAAGGGCCGCAGCUCCACGGCCAGCCUGGUGAAGAGGAAAAGAAAGGUCAUGGAUGAAGAACACAGGGACAAGGUCCGCCAGAGCCUUGAGCAGCACCAGGAGAAGGAACAGGAAAAGGUGGCCAAACCCGUGGGGGCCCGGCCGUCUGCCCUGGACAGAUUUGUGCGCUGAGCCCAGCCCCAGGGUGGCCUGGAAACAACAACCUCUCCCAAAGAUCAUCUCUGGAGAAAUGACCCUGUUUCCUGGAAUGGGGCGGGGGGGACACUCUGCCCCUUUCUCCAACUGGGAGUGGAUAGCUGGCUCCUGGGGUGGACUGGUAAUAAAGAGGAGGGUGAUUUUUUUGGA